AUAAGUAUCAUCUCGCGUGAACCGCUUGUCGUGUGUUAUCUAACUGUGCGCGCAUGCAUGGGAAUCAAAUGUAGCUGUAACAGAGCUGUGAAAUAAUAUGUGAUGGAGCUCGCAUGAACGGGAUCUUUAAGCGCGUUAUUGUUUACAUUUACGGAGAUAACACUGAAUGCGCGACUGCGAGGUGCAGCUGACAUCGGAGGUGGGAAUCGACGACAUUCAAGCCGAGCCAAGGCCUCUAAGUUUCUUUUUCCUCGUCCGUUCAGUUCAGCGCGACGCUUCAGUCUCGCGGAUACCCGCGAAGAGGACGGAUCGUUCUUUAUAUAUAGCGAGUAAAUUAUUAUAAGUGGUUUGUGUUUGAAAGACGAUCAAAAGCGUUUGGCUUUUCUUUGAGAUCGAAAGCUGACUGAAUUUUUCAAAUAUGAACGAAGAAGAGGACGAAUUGGAGAAUAGUUUAUAUUUUAAUUUGCUAAAAAAUGAGUACCAUAAAAAAUAUCAACGUGCCAUUGACAAUGGUUGGACAAUAUGUGUCCCAGUUGGAACUCGUUUGGCGGGCAUUCCAAUCGACGAAUCUUUCGUUGAUCAACAUCUCCUCAGGCCAACUCGUUUGCCUAAUCAUUUUGUAAGCACGUACUCACGAGAACUGUGUUUACACAAAAUAGAGAAAAAUGUAAUAACAUUUAUUGGACGUGCUAAACAUAAUAUGCUUGACGACCAAGAUGACCCUGUAGACGAAGAAGUGAUCUUGGAAGACAUACUUAAAUAUAACAUUGAUGCAGAAACUGAUGAUUUUUGCACUAGAAUUUUGUCAAUCGAAAAAGGAUACAAUAAUCAACAUCAACCGUACAAUAUACUGAUUGUUGAACAUCCAAUACUAUCAUCAUAUAGGGAUCCACCAGAAAAUGAUGAUAUAGUUACUGCUUUAGUAGAGGAUCAUCGAACCGCUACGGAAUUCUUGCUAAUGUUAUCAGAAAAAAAAACCUUUUGCUUGUCAGAAGCUGAAAAUAUACUUUCAUAUUUAAAGAGUUAUCAGUAUAAAGAUGUACAAGACAUGAAAAAUGUAAUAAAGCACAUUAUUCAAUCUAACUGGGCAAUCGUUUUACGCAGACAUUCCAACGAGUAUCAACGAGAUGCACGUUUUCAAAAACGAUUAAGUUUGGCGUUAGAGAUAUACGUGCUACACGGAUUACAUAAAAUUAUAUAUGAUAAAAUCAGCGAAGAUUUUAAUGAGUACUUCAAGGAUUACUCCCACCUCAAGGAAAAAAUUGAUGCACUCAAUGCUGCUGGUGCUACUCCCGAUCAACUUGGAGUUCGAAAAGAUUUGGCUAUAAUGUUAGCUUAUGGGGUGGUAGAAUUAGCGAAUCUAGAUGCUACUAUCGGACCGCAUGCCAGGUUAAAUUGUUUAAAAAGUUCUUUCGAGAUGGCUAUUGCUGAAAUAAAGGGCGCCGUAGCUGAAUCUGCUUCUAAAAACGAUACCGAUGAUGAAGUCACACUCAACAUGACAAUAAUGCCCGAAGAUUUGAUUCAAAUUUGCACUUAUCUCAUAGUUAAGUGCAAAUGUUACACUCUUUUCCAAGAUCUUUAUUACAUAGAAAACUUUGUUUUUUCUUUAAAUCCUGCGGAUAAGGCUGGAUAUAUUUUGACUGUAUAUAAAAGUGCUCUCGAAAAUAUCGACAAAAUUGAUACGAAUAAUUUGCCUGCGAGAAAUAAAAAAAUAAAAACAGAAAUGGAUUUAGACGAUUUAAGUGAUUAUGUUUUGCUAAGGAAUAACCUCCCGCAUUAUUAAAACUGUACAAUUUAGUAAACAAAAGUUCAAUCCUCAAUAUUUUAUGAUCACGACGAUUACUCCAGCAAAGAAGACUAAUAAGAAUUAAUACACGUGUGAUGUGGUGUCUAUUGAUUUAGCUUUUGUAUAUAUAUAUAUAUAUAUAUUUAUAAAAACAGCUUGUAAGAUUUUAGAAUAUAAACCUUUUAAAACUAUUUACCAUGAAAAAAAUUAAAUGACUCUAUUUUUCUUAAGCUUAGAAUAUUAGUAAGACAAACAUGGUUAUUAUAAAAUGAGAAUUUAAUAUUACGUAUUUUCGUAUAAAAAUUACAAAAAUCAUCUUUUCAUAUUGUCACGUAGCUUAUACCAUAUAAUAUACAUUAUUGCUCUAUUUAUACAAAUACUAUAAGUAUCGCAGCGCUAUUAAUGUGAAGAACGUUUCACAGAGAAUGUUCUAUUGUACGUUUCAAUCGUUAAGAAGUAUAUUUAACUACUAUCAGUCUUUGUGGGAAGUUCAUUUGGUCAUUGAUGUGUGUCCAUUAAGAGAGUACCAUCUUUAUCUUUGAGACGAAUUCGACCGUUUGCAUAGCGAGUUUCUUGGGUCCCAUCAGGAUAGACAAGUUUUACAGUGCCAUCAGGAUAUUCACGUCUCUGUAAUAUAAAUAAAUGUCAAAUGACUGUUUUUGAUCACGACUUCCAAGAAGCAAUAAUGUUACAUGCAAUAAAAAAGCCAUCAACCUUA